AAGGAGCGGAGCUGUGCACGAGAGUACAACAUCCGGGCUAUAGUAUAGUCAGCUUGCGCAGAAACGGAAUGGCGGAGGUGGGUGAAAUGCCUCUGAAGAUGAAUGUAGAGGUCGUGGCCUAAGUGGAGAGUGGAUGAGGAACAGAGAUGAAGACCCUCAGCAGGAGGAACCAGAGUCUUAACGGGCCUUAGAGGAGUCCGAGGUGACCGCUCCUCUCCCCCAUGAAGAUGGCAGCACAAUCCCACACUGCCAGUGAGCUUCCUUUGGAGGAGCUGCUGGCUCUGUAUGGAUACACUGUGUCAGACUCCGAGAAGGACACCUGUAAAACGGCUGCCAGCCUGCCAGGCAUGACACUGGACAAGGAUCAGAUAACCGAGGAUCAAUUUCCUGAGGAGGAUGAAGAAUCAUCAGCAGAUGAUCUCACCCCCUCAGUCACCUCAAACACCUCAGGUCUGCUCCGCCAUCUCCAAGGUGGAGACAAAGCCACGUUAGUCAGCUCAUCAGAUGAGGAAUCUGACGACACGUCCACUCCCUCCAACGAAGAGCACAAGGAGAUCAUGGUCGGCUCCAUGUACCAGGCAAAAAUCCCUCCACUCAGUCCGUAUACCUACCAGGAGAAAGCCUACAGCAACGAGGACCAGUUGCUGUGGAGGCCUGAUGUUCUGCCAGUGCAAGCGGUCGAGGAGUUCUUGCUAAAUACACAGAGACCGCAUGGCGACGAGCGCGCGGCACACACAUUAAUGCAAGGCACAACUGUCCGAGACAAUGAGCAGGCGCUGUAUGAACUAAUAAAAUGCAACUUCAAUAAAGAAGAGGCACUGAGACGAUUACGCUUCAAUGUGAAGGUGUUCAGUGAGGAGCUAUGUGCCUGGAGCGAGGAAGAAUGCAGGAACUUUGAGCACGGCUAUCGAGUUUAUGGGAAGAACUUUCACCUCAUUCAGGCCAAUAAGGUACGAACGCGCUCUGUGGGCGAAUGUGUCGAGUAUUACUACAUGUGGAAGAAGUCUGACCGUCACGAGUAUUUCACUCAGCAAACCACCAGGAUCAGCCGCAAGAAAUACAGCCUGCAGUCAGGGAGCAUGGAUGACGGAGAACAGGAUGGGGAGAUUGGUGAGCUGGAAGGAAACAACAAUUCCUCAGAAUUAUUGUCUCACAGCUCUGUGGGCAGAUCUGGGCAGCUGGAGUCUCCAUUACCUCCACAGUCAAACCUGGACUUGGACAAACGAGAUGGUGAGCUGGUGACGGGGCUGUCAGAGCUGUGCGGAGACAGAUAUCCUCAGCAGCGGUUUGGCUGUCUUUUCUCUCUGCAGCCCAUGGACGACCCGCGGGAUCCUGGCUUGGUUAGUUGUUGUCCCUCAGCUCCAAUCCAGCUCCAGUCCCAGCCCUCUGCCCUCAGCUCCCAGUCUCGUUGUGGGAGCCCUCUGUGCUGCUAUGACGACCACUGCCUCCCAGGCUCCUGCUUCUACCAGCUCCACAUGCGGGGUGGACCUUUUGUUACCGACAACCUUGACUGUAGUUCUGUUGGUGCUGGUGGCGCUCCUGGGCUGCAGGUGGACUUCAGCCUGCCGUCUGCCUCUCCUCCCUCAUCCAGUGUCCUCGCAUCACACUUUCAGGCCUCCAGCAUUCACACUCUCUCACACAGGGAGGGGAAAAUGGGAAAAUCAAAACUGAGUUGUACUCUCUUUCUUUCUUCAAAAUCAUUGAUUGGUGUUGGUUUGAAACGGGCUUAAAAAGCCCAGGACACAAAAAAAGUUCAUUUACUUGACUUAUGGAAAAAAGGAAGGACCUGCUACCUGUGCUGGGGCGCUGCUUGUCCUGUUGAAUCCUGUUUUUUUUAAAUGGAUACACUUGAACGUUCUGUCCAUUGCGGAAGUGUUAAUCACUGAUUAUGUGUUUAUUUAUAACAGCCUAUCACCACAACCUGCACCAGGGGCGUGUGGUUGAUUGGCUAUGAUGAAUACACACUUGUUGAAAGCUCGGUGGCGUGAUGAGAGUCGAGCUGUGACAGACAAUACGAGCAACUGUUGCUUUUGUUUUUCUUAUUUAUCAAGAUGGAGAAGUUUGACUUUUGAUUCAUGAAAUAAUGUGCAACUUGUUCCGCUAAUUGCUCAAGCUCUUCUGCCGCUGCAGCCGUCUUGAGAUUUGUCUCUGAACAGUGCCGCAGAGACAUAACUGUUGGACAUUUGAGCUCAGAGUAAAUCCUAUCCAUUCAAACAAUAUACCGUAGUUUAUUUAAUACGUUUCAUGUCCUCUCCUCAGCUGUAGUCGUCUCCUCCUCCACUCCAACUGUCUGUAAAUCCUUGGCACAAGACUUGAUCUUUUGAAGAACUCAAGCUUUAUUUAAAAAUGGAGCCUUGUUGGAGCAACAAGGAGAUGCAGCAAUUUUCAGGAUUUUGUUUUUAUUUGCUUGGCUUUUGUUGGAAAGUGUCAUUCUUUUUCUUCCUUAUGAAUUAUAUGGAGAUUUACACAUGUGCAAUGCUUUGUCAUCAUUUCCUCUGUUAAUGUUUCUGUCAUUUUUAAUCAUGGAGAACCUGUUUGACCUACAGGCUUAGAAUAAAGUGUUCAUACUAAGACACCUAA